UGUAGCCACUCUGUCGAUUCCGGGAACAUCGGCGUCUGGCAUUCGCGACAGGGGCACCGGACUGAGUUGUAGCAACUCUCUGUCAUCGUCCGCUGGUGCUGCCGCUGCCACUGGAAUCGUCGUUGUCGCAGGCCGCUCGACAUCGGCGUCUGUCGCGGGGACGCUUGGCGCGACGCCUCCAUCGGGAGGCCACCAAUCAUCCUGUGACUCAUCGGCCACGGCUGCAUUGUUCGUUAGCGUGAGUUCAUCUAGCAGCACGGCGUCGAGCAUAUCUACGUUAACUCGCAGUAAUGUCGCUUUAAGUCAAGAACAGGUUGUCCUGUCUUCAAUAUCAACUUCGCCAGCAACGGCAUCGCCGUCAUCCUCCGGAGUAGUUGCUAACAGCGCUGGAGGACCAAGGAGACCCCAGGAAGUUGUACGUAUUGGGGGCGGUAAACAAGCCACGUCUAGUCGACACCAACGAUAUCAAAAGGCCGAACAUCAGGUUCAUCAUCAACAGCUGCGACGGCAGCACCAGCAACAGCAGGAGGAACAGCAAUCUGCAGCAGCGGCUGUCGUGGCCGUACAGAGGGUCGGGGUAGCGACAACAUCGUCGUUAGUCACCGGAACACCGCAGGGUCCCGCUGUCCUAACAACGAAGGCAAAAGGCUCGCCAGUUGCAGUGCUGUUGGCGAGUGUAACUUCACGUAAUUGGCUUUCGGAGAGCAACAGUUCGAUAAUGCCAGAAACUGGUGGUGAUGGAAAAUCGGUAUGCUCAUGCGGUACCAGCAUCGGAAAUGGGGUUACUGCCAUAGCUUCGGCACUUCCCAUAACGUCUCUUCAAGCGGUGCAAGCUAUCUUCAACAAUUCACCACAGCAACUAUAUCAGUCGCCGGGCGGACGUCUAACAACUGUCGUUUCUCAAACUCUGCAAGCCCUCAAGACUGGCUACCUUUAUCGAUAUAAGAAACGUCUUUUGAAUAAAGAUUGGCGCCGCGAGUACUGCGUUCUACUCAGUGAUUCAUCUCUGGUCUGGUUCAAAGGCGGCGAUCGUCGUGCACCAGCUGGCAGACUCGUACUACGGGACGCCCCUCAGCUAAUCGCUUACGGAGCUUAUACCAACAAAGUUCCUCUGAAGCCAUCCAAACUGCCUUCCGGCUACAACGAGGAUCAGCUACUCGUAUUUGGAGAGAUCAGACGCAAUAGGCGAGGCUUUGUCGUAAUCGUUCACUGGUUUCUCACCGAGGAACCUAAUCAUACAUUAGAUUGGAUAAAUGCUAUCAUUAACACUAUUCCCGCUCCACCGCCACCGCCCUACUCGGAAAAUGACGAGAUUCAGCGGAAUCAUGGCUAUCUCAACAUGAACAAACUUGCCAGUGAUCUCACGUUAAUGGAUAUUAAAGAAUCGUCAAUUCGAAAUGAGAAAUCUGUUUCGCGCGGUCGAAGCUCGUCAAAAGGCGCCUCGCAAGAAGCCACGGCCUGCGGCGACGGAACGGCCCGAAGUUCGUCGCGGAAGUCACGAGGAGUUGAUGCCGAAGAGGCUGCCAUGAAUGCCGCUUUAAACUCAGGCACUACUACGGGUUGGGGCCGAAGUCCUGGCUGGAGUGUUCAAGGUGAUCCCGCACAGAUCUUGUGCUACUAUGCAGCAGCAGAAGCAGCUAUGGUGGAUCUGAGCGCGUCAGAUCUGGCAUUUGAUAUUCCCGCUGAUUUAGGUGAUCUGGACAUUGGCGGUUCGAUGUUAGGUGAUUUCGGGGAUGCAAGCGCCAUGGAUUUUGGCGGGUUCUUCUAAAUCGGCGUAGUCUCAACUGUCGUGAAUUGUCGUUAAAAAGUACUCAUAAAGCCAACGCGCGAAGAGCGGAGAUCUGUGGAGGAACGACCUGUCUUCGAAUGUCGGAACACUCCUGCCUAUCUGUCUCCACACGCUAUUGUGUACAGUUAUUAGAUUAGAAUAAUUAAACCACUAUUAGAUCUCACGCUAUGCGAAAAUUAGCACGGCACCAUCGUGACGGUAAGCAGCACCCCUUAAAGAGAUCUGUAUCUAUAAAUGUUUCCCAUUAUUGUGAAUGGACAAAUGACCGUCUUCCGUAAAAAUUGCCUAGAGAGUCACUUGAUUUUUGUACUGGGCAUGUUCUAUAGAAGAGGUGUGACCUACGAAAGUUACAACCCUGCCAUGUCUAACUGUUACGAGUCAACCACGGCAGAGUUGGGAAACGCCGUCACCGCCAAAGUUAUCCAAUUGAACAAAAGAGUAUAUUCGCGUACAACCCUUCCCCGAACCAUGUUUACCAAACACUAUAAUACAUAAAAUCUAGCGGUGACGAAUGCUGAACACAUUCAACGUAUUGGAAUUUGUCUGUUGACCGCCAGCGUUAAUGUAUUCACAAUGUACCCAUAUAUGCAAGGAGGUAUGGCAGUUGUAAGCAUAGCGUCAAGAACCAUGAAGAAACCAGCUGGUCUAUGUAUUGCCAUACACUCCUUAUCUUACUAUAAGAAGAGAUGUCCGUAUUUAGUAGUUAUAUACGUACCAUAUACCAAUAAAAGAAUAAAAUGCGCGAUGCGUAUUAGCACUAGAAAGAAAGUGAAAAAAGAGAAGACAACAUAAUCUGAUUCGACCAUGUGAUCGGUUGCUGUAACAGUAAUGUAUGCCUAUAGAAAUACUGGUAACAACAAGCAAUCACAAUUAGCACAAAGUAGAAGAAUUCAAUACCUACUGAUGCCAAUAGUAAUACUGAUGUGUAGCAUUAAAUAAUAAUUUGAGUAAUUACAUUCAGAGAAAAACAGAUGCGACUGAUGUAAGCUAGAGGUUGUGUUUGGAGUUGGAUGCCCUACGAAACGACGCAUAGCUUGUUGGAUAAUUACCAAUGACAAACGGCCGAAAAGUACUUCAAGAAAAAAAAAUGAAAAGGAGGGUUGGGCAUGGAAAAUACUUAUUCAGAUAGAGAAGCCGGCGGAAUUGGACGAUCGAGAGGCGAGAUGACACGUGAUGGAUCUAGCUUGAAUAACGGCCUUUUUGAAUGUUGUGUUGGGUAAACAUUUGCUGGGUGUGGAAAUUAUUCGGACAGACUGUGUAUCGAGAACGAAUUGAACAUAGAGGCUUUACGCGAAGGACAUCCGCCUCAAGGCACCAGUCGGUUCAAUGCUGCUUGCACAAUAAAAACAGAAACAAACAUACAUACGAUUACAAUGAAACACCACUAAGCGAAAUAUGCUCGUUCCUUUUCUUCCUUGCAGAUAGUAAGAGUCUAUAAUGAUUACAGUUAAUAUCCCAUGUACAUAUAUAUAUGAUAGGUUAACAUAUACAUUAUAUAUACUACGAGAUGUGCAAUACCUGGUAAUGUAGAUACGAAAAGAGACAUGUCCAUACGUAGUGCUAUAUGCCAUAUUUCACUAUGAAUUAUGUCCCUUAACAACAAUUAAUGAGAAAAAGUGACAUUGCAAUUGCAGCAGUUAUUGGCGCGAAUUGAAAAAGAUUUAUUAAUUAUACUGCCAAGCAGGCCACUGUACAGCAGUAAUACAUUAAAUUAUAAUCUUACUAUCUAUCUAAUGUUACAACAAUAAACACGACAAGGAAGAUCG